CUCAUGCAUGCGGGCGGAAAAUUAAAAAGAUUCGCGCAAAGCAUGGAUAUCUCUAAGCAGAACCAGCCGUUCCGGCUUCCGACACCAAAGUUCCAGGAUGAGACCAGCAAAUCAUUGGACAACUUUAACCGGCAUCGCAAUCCACAUUUUUCCACACCGUCCGGUAUGUUGAUGCCCCGCCACAAACAACCUCCGCCAAUGUACGGACCUCGUGGCGCAACGGUUCCGCCUAAGUUUUUCAAUCAACAACAACAGAAACACCAAAAUGCUUGCAGGGGCCGAGGUGGUCAUCGUGGUGGAGGACAUUUCCAUUCGAGCCGAGGUUUUCGUGGCUCAUCUGUCGAAGAUAGGGACGUUAUUCCGGAGCUGCUUCUGGUAAAUUGGAAUUACUGGUGUGAGGGAUGCGACAUCAACUGUAGAAGCGAAGAAGAGCUGAAACAUCAUCGUUCGGCUCACGUGCCAUGUCCAAUAGAGGGUUGCACCUACGUUGGACAUUCCGGGGUAAUGAAACGCCAUUAUAGACUGGCUCAUGACGUCGAACGUUUGCAACAGAAGGCUGAACAGGCAUCGAAGGAAACUCCAGAAGAGAUCGAAAAGUGGCGUGCCGAGCGACGGAGACGCUUUCCUACAACAGCAAAUGUACUUCAGAGACAACGAGCACAAGAGGAACGAUUCCAACGAGGCGAGCGAAUCGAAGAGGACAAAAGUCGUUUCCCUAGGAAAAAUAAUCGAGAAUACCCUCAGCAUCAGCAGCAGCAAAAAGACCAACCCAACAUCGAACAGUCGACUGGCUCGUCUCGAUCCCGAAGGAGAAAAAAACCUUUCACCAAAUUGGAAGAGCCAGUAGAGAAAAUCGAAAAUGUACGGCAGGGUUUCGGAGGAACUUCUAAGAUGAAAGAUUAUAGAGAUGAACCCAAGAACGCCCUAAAUCUACUUUCCGGUUAUGGUAGUGAUUCUAGUAGUUAUUCCUCCUCGGAACCUGACGAACAUGAGGAAACGAAUGCUGAGGUCAUUCAACAAACAAUUGUGGCAUCAAAUGAAAAAGAUUCUGUACCGUUGCCAACACGUAAUCCGGAAAGUAUCGAUAUAAGCGAUGAUGAAACGUUGGAAGAAGAAGCGGCUGUUCACCAGUCUAAUGAACUAGUCCAGAAAACAAAAGACGGAUUAGUUGCAAGAGACGAACAGAUUCUCAAAGAUGAAACGGAGAAAUCUAACGAAGAACAUUCAAAAUCUAGGAGAAAUCGUAACCGAAAACGUCGUGGAUCGCCUCAAGAACAAAUUGAACCAGAGUCAUCUAAACAAUCCAAGCCAUUGUUAGAUUACAGAAAACUGUAUCGAGCCAAACAAAAUACUUUGUUAGAAAAGCUCUUGGAACCGGACAUUCGGCACGAGCGAAACAUUCUGCUCCAAUGUGUACGAUUCGUUGUAGAAAAUAAGUUUUUCGGCAUCGGCCAACCAAAGAAUAAUCCUUCGGCGGAUACAAAAAACGAUUAAGUUGAUGAAUAAAAUGUUACCUUUUUUGUAUUACCAAUACAGUUUGAAUGCCUUACGUUCUAGCUAUUAGUCUUUUUCAUCUCAAAGCAUUACCCCGGCCGUACCGGAGGCCGGAUUUUGCUGGCCCAUUCGCUGCGACUGCAACCGGUUGGUGGCUUGCACG